AUGGAUCUCAGCUCGUGGUUCGAGUUCACCAUCUAUGACGCCGUCUUCUUGGUCGUUGUUCUCGGAUUCUUCUUCUACUGGCUCACAAGAAAAGAGCAGCCGCUUCCAUCUCCACCGAAAGACGUGAGUCCCAGUCACAUUCACCAUUGGGGAAAAACAAAUUGUUUUUUUUUUCAGCUUGCUCCUCUUACAAUGACCGAUAUGACGGUCGAAGAACUUCGCAAGUACGAUGGCGUCAAAAACGAGCACAUUCUCUUUGGACUCAACGGAACUGUGAGUUAUUUCACAGGCUGAAUAGAGACAACUGGCAACUGAUGUGAAUCUAUUGCAGAUCUACGAUGUCACUCGCGGCAGUGGAUUCUACGGACCCGGAAAGGCGUACGGAACUUUGGCUGGUCACGAUGCCACUCGCGCCCUGGGGACCAUGGAUCAGAACGCCGUCUCCGACAAAUGGGAUGAUCACGUUGGACUGUCCACUGAUGAGCAGGUUGGCAAAUACUGUUCUGAAGUGUUCGGAGCGAUUCUGAGAAUAUAGAAGCUGAUGACGCAAUUUCUGAAAUGGCUUGACCGAUUCUGAUGUCAAUUGUGUUCUGUGCGGAAGAUAUCCAAGUCCCACUAACCCAUGAUUUUUUCUGACGACCGGUUCUGAGCUAAACUGUGCGGUACCGCACUGAAUUAUCAAAAAAAACAGGACUUGAAACCAUUCACAAAUUAUUCACAACCUUUUACCCAGCAAUAGAUCUUUGAUGGUUUCUAGAGGUUUCCGUCCAUUUAGAUUUGGUCAUAUCGCGCGAUUGGUCACAACCAUACAUCGGUAGCAACACGACACACAAAACUCUUUCGAAACUGCUUAUUGAUGCACGUUUCGCCAAACAUCACUUGUGUUUUCAAUCGAAGUUUUAUGAUUUGUGUCAUUUUCAGGACACCGCCAACGAAUGGGAGACCCAGUUCAGAUUCAAAUAUCUGACCGUCGGCCGUUUGGUCCAGACUCAAUCAGAGAAGUUUGAUUAUGGAGGCCGCAAAGCGUUUGUCCGUGGCGGCGAGUCCAUGACUACGAUCAUGGGAGGAGGAGACGAGGAUAAGAAGGAUAACUGA